GAUUGGAAGGCCGGCUGGCCAGUCACAACGAAGGUGCACUAGACCGCGCCCCUGCCCCGCUACGUGGAGUAGCUCCCUGGCCUGCCUUAUAAGCAGCCGGGCCGGGCUGGGGCGCUGUACAUGCGGUGCCUUUCUACAGAGAAUUUUCUCGGCUAGUUUGGGGGUCUAAGGCUCUCGCAAGGUGCGGAGGACUCAGUUGUGCUGCCGCUAGAGCGCAACGUCACGUGGGCUUGGAAGCAGAGAGGAGGUUAUUGCAACCUCCCCUCCAGGUCUGCCCUGAUGCCUCUAGGAGACGUGCGGCCUAACGAGGGGCAGCUGACAUUGUGCUUCUGUGGGUGUGAAUGUCUGCACUCUUCCUCCUUUGCCUCUGGCUGUCCGCUCCUAGGGCAGGGACCCCUCCUCUCUACAGUGCCCGGUGCAAUGUGGUCCUGAUCCUCAUGCAAACAAAUAACACCUAGCUUGGUUUACAACUAGCGCCAUGCGGUUUGGGCUCAGACUUGAGCUCAGUGGAGGGGUGGAAUUCCCUGUGUGGAAGAGCUAAUGGUCCAGGUCCAAGAUGACAAAGAUGAGGGGCCAGGUGCCUGUUCAGACGACCCUGCGACUUGUCUGUUCGCACAAUUUAGCGAAGAGGUCCUGGGGACAUAACUUGGAUUUAACCAACUUUGUUUCAAUUUGGUUUAAAUCUGUUAGGCAGAGUAGAGUGUUUAAGUGAAGUUGCUUUGAAACGGGUGAGGUGUUCUAGUUUGAAGUAGUGCACGUUUUUGCGUGGGGGCUGAGCCGGGGCUCUGUCUGGAGGGGGCAGUGCAGCCUGCUGGCUAGACUCCUGCAGUGGGAGUGAGGUGGCCUUGGUUCUCGUCUUUGCUCCGUUGCUGGGUGAUCUGGGUUCCCGCCUCGCAUGGGGUUGAAGAGAUCCUGAGCUUGGCAAAGCAGCUGCCUCUGAGCUGAAGUGCUGUGGACGACUGUUCGCGUUGCACUAAAGCUGAAUGAACAUGAUCCUUUUGCUAAUAAAGUUCUGAAUGGAGUUCCUCUUGUUGGCUGGUUGUUUGCGGGAUAGGGAUUGCGGAGGGGGGGGCGGGCGCUCAGCUGCUUCUGGGAGGAGGCCUGGUGGAGGCCAAGCUGCCUGAGCGAGGACAAUACCCCUGUGGAGCUGAACCCUCCUCUGGGGACACGAACCAGCCACUCGCUAAGGGGCGAUGGCCUGUUCCACAGCAUGGCCCAGCCUGGCACAUGGGACCGCUUCUACACGCAGCAGGACACAGCUGGCACCCCCAGACAUUUCAACUGGUUCUUCGACUACACAGCCAUCUCCGGGCUCCUGCUCCCAACCCUGCAGGGGUGUGGCCCCUCAGAACCCAACGCCAGCCCCACUCGGGUGCUCGAUGUGGGCUGUGGCACUUCGGAUCUGGGUCUGGGGCUAUACCGGGACUCCCCACACCCUGUCCACAUCUCCUGUGUGGAUGUGUCCCCUGUGGCCAUCAGGUCUCUCCACCGGCUGCUCCAGGAAGUCCCCCCACCCCGACACCCCCUCUCCCAGCUUCACCUCCAUGUGGCUGAUGCCACUGACCUUGAGGGGGGUGGCUUUGGCGAUGGUUCUUUCCACUUGGUGCUGGACAAGGGCACAUGCGACUCACUCCUGCGCUGCCCCCAGGGGCCAGGCCAGGCUGGGCGGCUGGUGGCCGAGUGCCUACGAGUGCUGCGCCCUGGGGGCAGCUUGCUGCAGUUUUCAGAUGAGGACCCAGAUGCCAGGGUCCCUUUCCUGGAGCAGGCUGGGGGGGCUGGUGUGACAGUGCAGGAAGUCGGGCACAUUGGUGGCAUCUGCUAUUAUGUCUACACGCUCUGCCGGCUGGCCCUGGAGACACCAACCAAUGGGGCACUGGACUAGGAGGGCACAGGAGACCCUGGGCUAUGGAUAUGGGGGUGGGGGAUCGGGGACCCUGCCCAAAGGGAGUGCAGGACUCAGAGAGGGGGGCAUUAGGAACUAAAGAGAUAGUGCCUCCAAUCAGCGUGCCAGGGGACUUCCACAGCAGCAUGUGCUCAGGGUGGGGGUGCCCAAGCCAGCUGGAGAAUCAUUAAUAAAGGAAUUAGCGCCUUG